AUGACUAAUCAACCUCAUCCUACGUCACAGCCACCAAUAGAUAACGUAUCUCAACUACAACUAUCCCCACAAUCACAAUUAAACGGAUUCGAAUGGUGGAGAAGAUCACUACUGUAUCAAACAGGAUUAGGAUUAUCACCACAAGAAAAAGCUCAAUAUGAAUACGAUUACCAGAAUAGAAGCCUAGAUUCCAAAUGUAAAUCAUGUGAAGAGAAUUUAAAAUGGGUAUUGAAUUAUUCACCAUCAGUUAUAUUCAUGAUGAAUCAUAUUACAAAACUACAAAAACAACAUGAACCAAUAAAUACUUCAAAAUAUAUAAAAUGUCAAACUUGUGAUUUUUCAAAAGGUGGAGGAUUUGAUCCAAAUUUUGGAAUUGUAUUAUGUUCAAAUUGGAUCAGAUCAAAAUGGCAAUUAGAAGAUAUAUUAACUCAUGAAUUAAUUCAUUUAUAUGAUUUUAUGAAAUUUAAUAUAAAUUAUAAUAAUUUGAGACAUCAUGCAUGUACUGAAAUUAGAGCAUCAAUGUUAAGUGGAGAAUGUAGAAUAUGGUCAGAAAUUAAAAAAACAGGUUUGGGACAAUUUGGUAAAAAGUUUCAAAAUUGUAUUAAACGUAGAGCUAUAUUGAGUGUUAGUGCUAAUCCUGUAUGUAAGAAUAAGGAGGAAGCUGAAAAUGUGGUUAAUAUUGUUUGGAAAAGUUGUUUUAAUGAUACUAGACCAUUUGAAAGAAUAUAUAGGUAG